GUGGGCGGGGCGGGAGCGCGCCGGGUGAUGGCGGCCGCGGUGCUGGAGCUGCUGUUGCGGGGGGAGCUGGCGGUGACCGAGACGCUGCUCUGGCUGCGGCCGCCUGACCAGGACGUUGAAUUGAGUGACAAGCUUUUGGUGUAUAACUCACAGCAGAAAGACUUUGUACCUUACCUUCUAAAUUUUUUGAGAGAACAGACAAACCAACUAAUACCAAACGGGCCACCUACUCCUGCAAAGACAUCCUCAGCCAAAGGACUGAAACCAGCAGUAUGUUUUCAGGAUGGGAACGAGAGUGGUGUGGCAGUAAGAAGGAUAAGUAAUUCACAGACCCCAAAAGGGCCUAAAGCACAGUUAUUCCCAGACACUUCAAAUAGUUCCUUCAACUCAAGUGCUUCUUUCCUGUCGCCUUCACCCAGUGGUUCCUCAUUCUUCUCAAAGUCCAGUAAUGAUUUGAACCGUGCAACUUCACCUGUUAGCCCUGACCUCAGCAGUAGCACAGCACAGCGCUCUGGGGAGCGACGGCUAACUCAAAGAGCCAACCUUGGCCAAUUCAUCGUUCAUACUGACAGCCAGUUUCAGCGACGUGCUAGGAAGAAGAAUUUUGUCAAUGCUGGUCGCCAAGGAGCUAAGGACUCGGGAAAGAGCCCAACCGAAGAGGAUGGUAUGUCAUGGAAUGCCAGCAGGAGAAACAUGGAGUGUAUCAACACUUCUCGGACUGCUACUCAGCUAAAUAUACAUAACCUGGAAGAAUUUCCUCCAGUGGGUGCAACUCCUUUGGGAAGUAAAACAAAACCAUCAAGAAGAAUUAAUCCUACUCCAGUCAGCACAGAGCGGUUGCAGUCCAGACCAAAGAAGUGUUUCACUUCCACUCCUCUGAGUCAACCAUUGUCCUCCAUGUACUCCACAGAAGCUACUUCUGAAACAUUUGGAGCUAGUUCAGAGGGAUUUAGCCCAACCGUAUCUGCCAGUAACCUGCAGGAAGAGCGGGAGAUGUUGAAAAUUGAAAGAUCCAAGUUGAUUCAACAGUCACCAGUCGUGGACCCAGCCACACCCAUUAAAGGCCAGUAUGGGAGAUCCUGCAGUGUUAUCUCUGACAGUUUUGUCGUGUGUGCUGAUGUCAGCAAAAUUUCUCAUCAAAGGCAACUGAAUGUGCUGGCUCAGUUGUAUUCUGCCUGUAUCUCUGAAAAUUUAGUGCCAAACAUUUUUUUGGAGCUGUUCUUUCUGCUACAGCUGUUGACAUCCAGGAGAGGAACAUCAGUAGACGAUUUGGAAGAUGACAUAGAAUGUAAUGUCGGAGAUGUUGUGGAUGUGCAGUAUUUCAGAAGUAUGCAUAAUUGCAUCUAUUUUGCUGUCAAAGUUCUGGAAAGACAGUUCACGAUAAUUUCAUUUUUAGAUAAAGGGACGAUAAGGCUUCUUGGUGAGAAUGACCGAAUUGGCAAGUUCUCUCCCUCUUUACGUGAGCAGCUGACCCAUGCCUAUGAAGUCAGUACUGCCCAGGUAUCGCCGGCGGUCCCUUCACUUAUACAGUCUGUUCCAUUUGAGCCGGAAACUGACAAUCGAUCUAAUUUUACCAGUGACAAGGGCUUUCAAAAUUUUAAAAAACAAAGAGAUGUAUUUUAUGAGUUGCUGCGUGAAUGGGAGGACAAGCAUUCAAAUCCUGGUUGGGAGUUUGAGAGAGCAAUGGGUCUUCGAAUCAGGAACAUGAUGAUCAAUCUAAGUGCAGCGUGCAACCACAGUCACUUUGCACGAUUGUUUCAGAAACAAGUGAUAAGAAUGUGUAAAGGAUCAGUUGGAGCGAUCAGAGGCAGUGAGCAUCCUGAUCAAGAUGUGCUGGACAUGUUUGGAACGGACAACCUUACCAAACUGAAGAGGCUACAGGAACGCUUUGUUGUGCCACAGAAUAUUGGUGGGCCGUGUCCACCUCCAGUCUUCUCCGGUUGCCAAGUAUUCUUCAGAGAUUUUCUUUUGUGCGCCGGGAGCCAUCAGUUGAAUCAACACUUGUCAGAUACUUUGUGUCAGCAGAUUUUGGAGCUGGAUAACAUAACGAUCCUUCGGCACAAGUCCUCAGGAGGAGAGGCAGAUAUGGAUGAACAGAAUGAGAAGCAACAUUUCGCCUCGGUCUUGAUGACUACAAGAUUACUGGCUAAGUUUCUGGGUUUCCUCACUUUCCUCCCUUAUCGUACAGGAGAUCGACCAACGAGAGAAAUGCAAGAGACUAGUAUUUUUCUGAGGAAUAAGACCAUGCCUGUUCUAAAUAUAUAUGAGUUACUGAGAAGGUCAAUUAAAAACCGGCGUACUAUUCUAACUGUACCCUGGGUGGUGGAGUUUCUCAGCAUGAUGGACCAUGUGGCACCAUUCCUGGAUUGUUAUCACAAAGUGUUUACUCUCAUCUUGCAUUUACACAGAUGCUUUGUUCUAACAAGUGAAAAGAAGGAAAAUUACCUGAACAAGCUGCUGAUUCUUGCAGUACUCGGCUGGCUCUUCCAGAUUCCUGUAGUUCCUGAAGAAAUAUUCUUCAAUGAAGAGAAGAUUGAUGAAUUUGGAACCAAUGUAUCGGACCAAGGCUUAGAUUCCGUUCCAUUGGUUGACCAACAGUUGCUCUAUCUCUGUUGCCCAUACCUGAGUGAGUUACGCAAGUUGUUGGCUUCCUAUGUAGUUGGUAAUGGGAUAAAAAAUGGAGGAUAUAUGAGAAAGAUCACACCAACUUCAGCAGAGCCUGUAGUGCCAGAUUCAUCACAGUCACAGCAGAAACUCCAGGCAGAGUUGGAGGAAGCCUUUUUUCAUAAUCAACCCCCCUCACUUCGCAAAACAGUGGAGUUUGUGGCUGAACGAGUUGGAUCUAAUUGUGUGAAGCAUAUUAAGGCAACGCUAGUGUCUGAGUUGGUCAGACGUGGGACAGCAAAGUUACACAGUGAAAUGAAGGACGAGGAGUCUAACCUCCCCAAACUGCUUGAAGCUGUAACCCAUCAGCUCUGUGAAGAAGGCAGACAGGCAGUGGCCAAAGGAAAAGAAUUCUGUAGCAGAAAGGGACCUGAAGCAAUUCAAGUGCUGCUUCCAGGAGAGACAUCUGCCUCGGUGUUGAGGACAGCAGAAGAUAUAGCAACUCGCCUCGCAACGGAGAAAGCCUGCACGUGGCUGUCCACCAACAUCACAGUUUUAAUUAAGAAAGAAAUGACCCUCAGCUUUGAAAGACUGAAGAAAUCUCGAACCAUGCAAUCGGCAAAUGCAACUGAAGUUUCCGGAACAACGGGUGGUUGCCCUCCGGACUGUAAACACAAUGCACCCUCUCCUUCCAAGGUAGCCAGCGAGUUUAAGGAGCUGCUGAGUGUAACAUUGGGUCCCAGGAAUAGGGACGAAACAGUGGACCACCAGGAACUUGACAGUUUAUUAAGAAGAUUAAGCCAAACGCUGACAUGUAGACAGUACAUCUGUCCGGUAAUUGAACAGGCCCUUGCCAAGUACACCGUGGAGCUCGCAUCUUUAUUAGUUGCAGGGGAAGUUCCAUUAUCUGAUCCUCCUGAGGAGAAUGACAGGGAAGAACCUUCUCAUUAUGCAUCUGUCCACCAAUUGCUCACAUUACUCCUUGCUUUGUGGAAGGACGAUUUCCGUGUUCGUGUACCCCUUCAGCUGAUGUUUAGUGAGAAGAACAUUGCCUAUACAGUGCGGACAGGAAAUCGAAAGUCACAGUGGAGUAAGCUCUCCUUCCUGCUUCACGGUCUCAUUAUGCAGGGGUUGAUGAAAGCUGUCGAGAUAGAGCGUUGCUGGAAGGACCUUUCACAACUGCACUGGCCCCAGGAUUUCAGAAGUGUGAUAGAAUCUGCACUUAAAAUGUGUUCAGAACUGCCAAAAACAGAUGAAGUGGAAGAACAGAAGGCAAAUGAGUCAAGAUAUAUUGAGUAAAGCACAGGCUUGGAUUAUGACAUAGAAAGAGGAAAGACGUGGUCUAUUUUUACAGUAUUUUACAAUUCAUGUGUAAUUUGUUUGUAUAUUUUAUUGAAAGUUAUCAGUUGGUAAAUUUAAUCAAAUAUUCAAAUGAAUAUUUUGUAGUUCACAUUGGACUAGCUAAUAAACGAACCACUUUUUUAAUUGUGUAAGUAA